AAGAUCAUGGAAGAAAUUCCGUACAAGUUCCGUAUUCAGGUGUGCCUUUCAUUUGUCCUCAGUUGUGACAUGAGAGAGUGCAUGUAUGGGCCGAAAAGAAAAAGGCCAGAAAAACCAUUGGUACAUGAUGACCAUGCAUUUUCAACAAACAGGCGCCUCAUUCAGCCUUCCAGGAAAAUGGGGUGUUGUGCAAAAGUGAAGUUGAGGCGGAUUGUUAGUUUUCCUGAAUACAAGAUUCAGGGCUGUGAUAGUAAAUGGAAGCGAAGAGCUAUCUCGGACAAGUUAAGAGAUGAAUUCAACAAUCGCACCAGCCAACAAUAUUGUAUUUUCAUACAGUUUGUUGGCAUUCAUACCAACCAUGUGUCUGGAAUGGCUGCAAAGUACUGUAAUUCUUUGGAUAAACGGAUAAUAAAAAACAUAAAGUCACAGGUAAAUGAUGGCUCAAUGAAUGUAGAUGAUAUUCAGAGAAGGAGUGAGAUGUUUGGAAAAGAAUUAAAUGAACAAUGUGAAGCUACCAAAAUAGAUACAAGAUUUAAACCCAAAAGGAAAGAUGUGUAUAACCAUAUUUACAAUUCGGUUUCAGAUUCAAGGUAGAGAAACUUGCCAAUAAAUCAUUUAAUAUAUUAAAAAAAAAAGUUAAAGAUGAAAGGGCAUCAGCAGUCCGUCAUUCUUAAAAUUUAUGGUUUAUAAAUGUGAUAUAUAGUUGCCAAGUCCUGGACGGACAAUUUAAAACUAUUUACAGUGUAUUACAGGUCAUUGAUUUUCCUUAUAUGUACACAUCUUUUGGAACUGUUGUUUUCCCUUAGUAAUAGCAUAUUAUGUAAUGUUUUUACACAUGCACUUUUUAUACCCCCGCACAACAAAGUUGUAAGGGGGGUAUACUGGAAUCAGCUUGUCCGUCCGUCCGGCCAUCCGGCCGUCCGUCCAUCAGUUUUUUUCUUGUCCGCCCAAUAACUUAAGAUUCCUUUGACCCUAAGUCUUCAUAUUUGGCAUGGAGGUUAGUCAUGAUAAGUAGAUGACCCUAUUGAUUUUGAGGUCACUAGGUCAAAGGUCACAGGGGCCUUGACUUCAAAAAGCUUGUCCGCCCAAUAACUUAAGAUUCCUUUGACCUACAGUCGUCAUAUUUGGCAUGGAGGUUAGUCAUGAUUAGUAGAUGACCCUUAUUGAUUUUGAGGUCAUCAGGUCAAAGGUCAAGGUCACAGGGACUUUGACUUCAAAAACUUUGUCAAAAGCUUUUCUUCUCAAUUGCUAAAGAAUGUCCUGUCCGCAAUGUAUUGAUUUUGACAUUUUCACAUUUGAAGCAUGUAGAAUACAUAACUUAGCAA